UUUACAUACUGUUUAUUUAUCUAAGGUUUGAUAAGUAGUACAGAUGUAAACAAAAAGGCAGCCGAUUGAUUUAUUUGAGGUUUUGCACUCUGUUACUAGAUAAAUAAUGUAUUUCUAUUACUUAUUUGUGUCUGUUAUUUUAAUUGCUUAAUUGAAUCAGUAUUCAUUCACUUUGAUAAUGGGACUGCUGGCGAUCCUGCGCAAGCUCAAGUCCUGCCCCGACCGGGAGCUGCGGCUGCUGCUGGUGGGGCUGGACAACGCGGGCAAGACCACCCUGCUCAAGUCCCUGGCGUCGGAGGACGUCUCGCACGUCACGCCCACCCAGGGCUUCAACAUCAAGUCGGUGCAGUCGGAGGGGUUCAAGCUGAACGUGUGGGACAUCGGCGGCCAGCGCAAGAUCCGGCCCUACUGGAAGAACUACCUCGAGAACACGGACGUGUUGAUCUACGUGGUGGACAGCGCUGACCUUGGGCGGCUGGACGAGACGGGCGAGGAGCUGGAGGAGCUGCUGGCGGACGGCCGGCUGGCUGGCGUGCCCCUUCUGGUGUACGCCAACAAGCAGGACCUGGUUCACGCCGCGCCAGCCGCGGAGGUGGCAGAGCGCCUGGGGCUGCCCGCCGUCAAGGACCGCGCCUGGCAGAUCCAGGCCUGCUCCGCCACCGCCGGCGAGGGCGUCAAGGAUGGUAUGGAGUGGGUUUGUAAGACAGUGCGGAAGAAAUAAUUUGGCAGUCGAGACAAAAUGACACACUGCAAGUAAAGGUAUAACUUAUAUAAUUUGGUAUGUUCUCUGACUGAGGCCUAGUCAUGCGUGGAAGUUCUUGAGGGACUGUUCGUCUAGUCAAGAAGUCACAUAAGACAAAAAUUGCAUUUAUUUAUUUUUAUUUUUUAGUAUAAACUGAUCUUAUACAUUCAGUAUUACAAUAUGGUUUUAUCUGCCUAUCUUUGUGAAGAACUUUAGUGUGAGAGAAUGUUAUAUUAUUAGAAAACCAUAAUAAAAUUUGGUUAUGACUAGGCUUGUGCGACUAUCAAAUUUAAAGUUUGAAUUUAAAUUAAAUUCAAACAUCAAAAUAUUUUGAGGUAAGAAUAUUGAAUUUGAAUAGCAUUAACUAGGUAGGGAAAAAGUUGUUUAUAUUUUAAAGUUAUAUUUUAAUAAAUAUUUGUACAUGAUUUGUGCAGUGGAAAUAGAUAUUUCUUGUUAUUGUUACAAUAUAAAAAAAUUGGAAAAUAUAAAUUACUUAUGUUUUCAUAUUUUUGGGCAUUUUUGAUAAUGCCAGAUUAUUGCUUACUUGAUUUCACAUUAUAAAUCGUAGCUUAAGCAUUUCUGCUGUUCACUGUUGAUACAGCUGUUCAUGUUUAGGCCAUUAAUGUAUUAAUACCGGGUAUGUUCACAUUUUUUUUAUAUUGUACAAUAAUGACCCAAAUAUCAGUGUUGUUUAUACAUACUUACACAAUGUUAUAUGUAACAGCUUCUUUAAACUAAUCAAUAAUGAAUAAUAAAUUAUUCCUUUGAUUUUUGAAGCAUAAUAGUUUGAAAUCGAAUCAAAUAUGAAUAAAAAAUAUUUUUUUUUAUUUGAAAUUAUGGAUAUUCGCACAGGCUUAGUUAAGGCAUAAUCAUGUUCCAGUAAUGCUAGUUUGAAGAAAGUAAAGCAGUUUAUAUUAUCAGCUGAUCAACUUUUAAAAAAAAUUACCUCUUGAAUGUUUUAUACAACCACAAAACAAAAUGGUGUGUAAAGCUCUUAUAUUCUGUUUGAGAUAGGCCAUGUUCCGUUAUUAACACAAAGGCACAAAUCUGAUUACCUGUGAAUAUUGUUCUGCUACUCCGGGCUUUUGUUUUUUUUUGGGAAAAGGCUAAGGAAUUGUUAUCAUACACUUGUGCAAUUGGUCAUUAAAGUGCACAAUGCACGCACUUCAAAAUUACUGUUGGGGGAAUCAAAUCCUUGAAAAUACCAUUAUAUCUUUAACAUUCAAAAGAUUUCAUAUUUUAGAAAGAAAAUUCAGAGGAAUGUAGUUGAGAAGGGGAAAUUCAAACAAUAGCACCUGUGUAGUUGACAAGGACUAGAUUCUUGAUCACCACAGAAGCUGUCAAAGAAAUGUUCGUGUCUGCUACCAGCUACAGUGCUCUGGGAAUGUUUAUCAUUUUUGACACACAAUAAAUUUUUUUCCUUAACAUGUAAAUAUUAUUGAUAUUAUUUUAAAGUAAAUUUUUAUUAGAUUGAAUGUUUCUACACUGCUUAAAUUUGUGUUUUUUCCUGAUAUGUUAUCUUUGUUUGAUUCCUGGCUCUGAAGAUCUAGAUUCCGAUCUGAGCCACUCCUUUUUAAGAAUAAAAUUUAAUGUUUGGAUUUGACCUAUCACUAUUAAAAAUGCUUUUUUCUAUGUUUUACGUAAUAUCUGCAACUGCUUGCACAUAAUGUGUACGUUCCAGUAAAUUUGUUGUACCUUAUUACGUUGGAGUAUGAAUCGCUUUAGCGGGGAAGAGAAUAACAGUACCCUUUAAAUUUAUGCCUUUGCUUGAAUUAGGGAACUCAUGGUGUACAGGAAUGUAGUCAUGGAACUUGGUUAUAUAUUUUAUAUAUUGGCCAUAUUGUUUUAUUGAAGAGCUUAGCACUGUUUGCUGCAUCUUUGAGGGACUUUGCUUAUGCUUUAUACUGAGCUGUUAUUUUAUGUUAAUAAUUUUUAUUUUAAUAUUUUUUAAUACAUUUUGUUUUUUCCUUGUAACUUACUGAACUUACACGUUCAGCUUUACAUUUUUAAUACUAUAGUGUGGAAGCACAAAGAUAGCCAUGUGUUUAGAAUGGCUGAAUAAUCCGUCCAAUGUGAAAUAUUCAUUGUUUGAAAAACAAAGACUUAAAUAAAAUAUCUCUCUGUA